AUCCCACCUUCAUCCAUCCACUGUCGCAUCUCAUUCCACCAUGUCGUUUGAUCGCUUGAACUCGCUAGAGGCGCAGCCUACAACUUUCCGUCGCUCCGACGAUCCCCAAUAUCGCGAUGACCCCGAAUUCCAUCGUUUGACCGAGGGUCUCUCCAACCAACUGUUUACCCUGACCUCCAACAUCACUCGGUUGUCCGAUCAGAUUGCCCUUCUGGGAACUAGGCGAGACACCGAGCGUGUGCGCGAGAGAGUCCACAAGCUUCUGGAGGAUACUCGGGCGGGAUUCAGGGAUGUCGCAGAUGGGAUCAAGAAGGUCCAAACAUGGGAGGAUGUCAGUCCCUCCCAAAAAUGGACUCAACAGAAGCUAUCGUCCGAAUUCAAAGCUACCUUGGAAGAGUUCCAGACCGUUCAGCGUCGUGCCUUGGAGAAGCAACGAGCGUCUGCAGCAGCAGCUCGGACUGCCGUAGACGAAGCAGAGCCUGGCUCCGGGGGUGAUCACCAGCAGCAGCAACAGCAAGAGCAACUGUUGGAGGAACAGCCCCGCCUUGCGAACCAGGAUGAAGUGGACUUCCAGGAGGCCCUCAUUAUCGAGCGCGAGGCUGAGAUCCGCAACAUCGAGCAGAGUGUUGGCGAACUCAAUGAACUGUUCCGGGACGUGGCUCACAUUGUUCAUGAGCAAGGUGGACAGCUCGACAUUAUCAGUGAGAAUGUCGAACGAGUCGGCGAUGACACUCGUGGAGCAAACGUCGAGCUCCGUAGCGCCAGCCGAUACCAGAAGAAUGCGCGCAAUAAGGCCUGCUGUCUGCUUGUCAUUCUUGCUGUUAUCCUUACUAUCAUCGUCCUGGCGGCAACCCUGGGAUAGACUUGAGCGUUAAUUCUGUGUUCUCGCUUCCACUCCCGCAACCACGAUACCGGAUGUCGCAUAUCAUGACUGUCCCCUAUCUUGAUGAUAUCCUCUCGAUGUACGUUUACGCAUGUGCUUUUGCUUUUUUCGCUACUGCAGGCGGCUUGUUGUGUUCUGUUACGUCGAUCGCUAUGGGUUCUCAGGCGCAUACGGAGCGAGGAUGUUCUAUUUACAUUUGCCGUUCUAUCUUCCCAUGCUCUAUAUCAUACAUAGCUUCUGUUAUACACGAAUUGUACACUGCGUUGCUUACCCAAGACCGUUCCCAAAACUCCGUUGUUCGCCUCUAAUGCAGCGUAAGAAGAAAGACAUUGGGGAGCUUUACAGUCCCAUAAACUUGCUGAAUCUCAUGCGGCAGCCCUCCACUGUGUUCAGUUUCGGCCGGACAUCCAGGUAGAAGCUGAGCUUG